AUGGGGAAUACGGAAUCAAAUAACAAAAGCAGUUUGCUUAGAAAUUUUCAGUACUUGAUAGAUAAAGAUAACACAACUCCGGCCAAAGUACGCACUCAAACCCCGCAAUAUAAAUUAAUGUAUUUUGAUUACUUGAAUUUUUUACUAUAUGAAAUUCAACAUAAAGCAUGGACAUGGGAUAUAUAUAAAGAAAUUGUAAAACAAAAUGGAAGAUCAACAACUGACGAAGGUGAAUUAUUCUGUGGAUGGAAAAAGAUACAAGAACAAAUAUUUAAUAAACUUAUUCAAGAACUAAAAAGUAAAGGUCAAGAUCAAAACACAUAUAAAUGGAAAGAUGAUGCAGAACCACUAAUAAAUACAAGAGAAAAACAAUUUCGUACAGCACCAAAUUGUAGUUUCACGAUUGAUGCUAACACUAUAAAAGAAUUGAAAAACCCUGAUUUUCCAGCUCUACCUUCAGGAACAAAAACUAAUUGUGAUAAUUUAACUAUUGCAGAAGGAUUACAUAUACCAUUACGUCGUCGAGCACUAUUAGUUAAAGGAAUAGAUGAAUAUCUUGAAGAAAUUAGUGAACAAAUUACGAACAAUGAUUCUUUAAAAGAAGUGAUAGAGCGUAAAACAAACGCUCAAAUUCAUAUAGGAAAUGCUGCAGUUGGUCUAACAAAAGAUAUGAUCGAGGGGUUAAGUACUGCAUUAAGCAACCUUAUAAAACAAAAAAAUAAUAGUAAUCAUGAUGCGUUUUGUAAAGAAUGGUAUCGUACGAUGGAAGAUUACCAUACAUUAUUCUUAAAGAACGAUAUAGUUGACGAAAAUGAAACCAGAAAAAUUCAAUGUUCAAUAAAAAUAAUUGAAGCAAAGGUAGGAGAUCCAACCAGAUUUCAAAGAGAAUGGAGCAAAUAUUUUAAAGAACUAGUAGAUGAAAUGCACACAAAAUAUUUCAAACACCCAACUAAAAACACGCUUUGCCAAAUUGACAAAAGUGAGAAAACGCAAUGUAUUCGUUUUUUUGAAGAAUGGGCAGAAGAAUUUUGUAAACGUAAAAAAGAUCUAGGGGAGAUGAUGAUAACAAAUUGUAAAGGUCCAAAUAAAACUUCUGAAGAAUGUAAAAAUAUAUGUACUAUAUAUACAACAUUUUUAGAUGAGUCACAACAAUAUUAUAAUAAUUAUAAAGAAACAUGUAUGAAACCAAAAUAUGGAUAUGAUGAGAACAAAAUGGAUUUACUACGAAAUUUCAAAGAUGCGGUUAGUAGAAGUAUGAAUGAAUGCUGUAAAGAUAAUGGUGACUGUAAAGACACAGAAUUGUUUGAUGCUAAAGAUGAUAAGGGUAAUUUGAUUUUUAACUGUAUGUGCCCAGGAGGAACACAUAUAAACGACAGAGAUACAAAUUCAGAUUGUCAAAGAGUCAUAAAGGCUCAUGGUACUUUGACAGGCACAACCCGUGGUCCACCCCCACUUGCUAGUGCGUCACAAAGUAUUUCUAGUGCCGCGUGUGGAAUACAUAGUGGUAAAAAACCAAGUAUGCCCGUGAAUAGUUUAGCACAAUAUUUUCAGACGACGACAAACAAUGAUGCAAAAAAAGAUCCUGGUAAUGUUGGUUAUAGGGGAGAGGGUGAGCUGAAAUCUGAAUUAAAUCAAGCAAAAUUUGGAAAGGAUGGUAGUGUACAGGCUAACGAUGCGUGUAGUCUUGAUAAAUCAAAACAUACGAAUGAUAGUCGUCCAUAUCAAGCUAAUACUACUGAUGGUAGUAAUUACCAUGAUGGACCAUGCACGGGAAAAGGUGGAGUUGACAAAGACAGAUUUAAAAUAGGAAAACAAUGGAAAACGCAUAACGAUGUUGAUGAUAAUCACAAAGGUGUAUUAUUUCCUCCAAGAAGGUUAGAUAUGUGCACUUCGAAUUUAGAAAAUUUGAAAACGGAAUAUGAUGGACUUCAAGGUGAUAAAGCGAAGCACUCAUUAUUAGGAGAUGUAUUGGUCACAGCAAAAACUGAAGCAGAAAAUAUAUUAGAACUGUAUCAAAAAAAUGACGGCAAAAGUGGUCUAACUGAUCCAAAAGACAAAGAAACUGUAUGUCGUGCAAUGAAAUAUAGUUUUGCAGAUAUAGGUGAUAUUAUCAGAGGAAGGGAUAUAUGGGUAAAAGAACAAGGAAAUAAACAACUACAAGAACGUUUGGUAAAAAUAUUUGAAAAAAUUAAAGGAACAGUUCCUCAGGGGCUUACCACAUAUAAAAAUGACACCGAACCAUAUUUAAAAUUACGUGAACAUUGGUGGGAAGCAAACAGAAAAGAUAUAUGGCAAGCAAUGAUACAAUGUAACGGCAACACCAACAUAUGUAGUGGUAAUUCUCGUAUUACCCCACAUGACGAUUACAUCCCCCAGAAACUCCGAUGGUUAACCGAAUGGUCCGAGUGGUACUGCAAGAGACAGGCACAGUUGUACACCACUUUACAAACAGAGUGUGACACAUGUAAGGGUGGUACUGUUGGACCAUGUAAUACCGAGAAAUGUAAAAAAUGCCAAGCAGCAUGUACUACAUAUCAAACAUUUGUUAAGGAAUGGGAAAAACAAUGGAAAGAAAUGGAAACAAAAUACUCAGAUUUAUACACAAAGGCAAAAGAUGGUCAAGGUAAUGAUGAAAAUGAAAAAUAUCUAUACAAAUUUUUAAAUCAAUUACAAGAACAAAACAAAUCCCUUGGUGUUAAUAACCCAUUUGAAAGUGCAGCGGGGUACGUACAUCACGUACUACCAAAUACUGGUUGUGAAAAACAGACAGAGUUUUGCGACAGUGGUAACACAUAUACGUUUCUCACUCAACCUAGUGGUUACGUACAGGCGUGUGAGUGCGAUAGUUCGACACCAUGUCAAAUAGUGGGACAAAUACUUAGUGGUAAAACUGCAACAGAUACUAUAGAUAGUUGUAAUCCAAAAAUAACAAAUACAAAUCAGAAUUAUCCUAAAUGGGAUUGUAGUGAGAAAAAUAAUAGUUCAGUGCCUAAAGAUGGUUCUUGUAUGCCACCUAGGAGACAAAAAUUAUGUUUAUAUUAUUUAGCAGAUGAUCUUGACAAACAGAACAUAAGUAAACCUGAUGAUUUGAAAAAACCUUUUAUUAAAGCAGCUGCAGCUGAAACUUUUCUCCAUUGGCAAUAUUAUAUACAACAUGGAAGUGGAAAAGAUAAAGGUUUUGACGACAAAUUAAAAACUGAAGGAACAAUUCCUGAAGAGUUUAAAAGACAAAUGAUAUACACUUUUGGUGAUUUAAGAGAUUUAUGUUUAAAUACAGAUAUAUCCGUAGUACAUUCUACAAAUAAUAAAGAUGUGACAAAGGCAAAAAAUAAAAUAAAAACUAUUUUUGAUAACAGUGGCCAGGGUUCACAAAAAACCAAACCUGAAGAAUGGUGGACAACAAAUGGUCCACUUAUUUGGGAAGGGAUGUUAUGCGGGUUGUCAUAUAGUGGUGGGAACGACGAAAAGACACGUAACGAGGUGAAACAAAAACUUGAUAAAACAUAUGGCUACGACACCGUGACGUUUGAUACCACUAGCGGUAGUCCCACUGGUGUGACGUUACCACAGUUUGUGGAACGCCCACAAUUUUUGCGCUGGAUGACCGAAUGGGGGGAACACUUUUGUAAACAACACAAGGUGCAAUAUGACCAGUUGGUUAGUAAGUGUGACAGGUGUAAUGCCAAUAAGCCUAGUAGUGGUAAAGCAACCUGUGAUAAACAUGGUCAUGAAUGUACACAAUGUCAAGCACAAUGUGAACAAUAUAAACAAUUUAUUAAUAAGUGGAAACCUAAUUAUACUAGUCAAAAAGGGAAAUAUGCUAAGAUUAAAAGUCAACCUCAAUAUACAAGUUCUGAUCCUGACGUGAACGGAACCACACAUGCCUAUGAAUACAUAAACAAACAAAUGCAAAAAAUUUGUAACAGUGGUACAAACAGUGGUAAAAAUAUUAUUGAUUGCAAUUGCAUGAAAACUAAAUCGACGACACAAAGUUCAUCUAGUGGUAAUGAUAAAAUGCCCGCAUCGUUAGAUACUCCCCCUGAUAAAUAUAAAAACCAGUGUGAAUGUGAACAAAAACCCCCUACACCACCCACAUGUACUCAGAACAAAAUUCUUGAUGCGGCAAAUAGCCUAGUGUUUCACGAAAAGACACUGUUACAUAAUAGUGGUGUAAAUUUGGUAGGUGAUUUAUCGAAAGCAGAAUUUAAAAAUAAAAAUAGUCCAAUUGCAUUGGGGACGCAUGAUUAUUGUAAUUUUAAGUUAGAAAAACAUGGAAAUGAUUGGCGUGCAUAUAAUGCUAAAGCUGAUGGUAGUAAUGGUGAUGAACAUAACGGUCCUUGCACAGGUAAAGGGAAAGGUACAAAACCAGAAGAUCAAAGGUUUAUUAUAGGACAACAGUGGAAAGAGGGUGGAAAUACAGAAAUGCGCGAUAACCACCAAGAUGUAUUAUUACCUCCUAGAAGACAACAUAUGUGCACUUCAAAUUUGGAGAAUAUCGACACUACUGCGAGUGGUCUCACUGGUGGUAAUGUUAACCACUCGUUUUUGGGCGAUGUCCUCUUGGCCGCCAAAUAUGAAGGCGAAGAUAUCGUACACAAACUUAGUAGCAAAAGCGAUAUUCCCGGUAUAUGUAAUGCUAUGAAGUACAGUUUUGCCGAUCUAGGGGAUAUCAUACGUGGGAAAGACAUGUGGAGUAAAAAUAACGAUAUGGUAAAUUUGGAAAAUAAUUUGAAAUCCAUAUUUAAAAAGAUUCAAGAAAAUAUUACUGAUCAAACCACCAAACAAAAAUAUGCUAGUGACCAAUCCCCAUAUACCAAAUUACGUGAGGCCUGGUGGUCGGCCAACCGCGAGCAAGUAUGGAAAGCACUAACAUGUUCGGCUCCCGCGGAGGCAGACCUCUAUAUACCAUCAGCACCUGGUACUACCACAUAUAAGUUUGAACGUUAUAAGUGCGGCCGCGAUAGUUAUACUCCGCCCGACGAUUAUAUUCCACAAAGACUAAGAUGGAUGACUGAAUGGUCCGAAAGUUACUGCAAACAGUUGGAAAAAAACUAUUGGCCACUAUACUUUGCGUGUAAAUCGUGCCAACGUGCUAAAGCCAAAAAAAACAAAGAAGCACAAGAAGCAGCAUGUACUUUUUGUUCAAAAUUUUGCGAAGUAUAUAAAGAUCAUGUUACAGGAUGGAAAGGUCAAUGGAACGAUCAAGAAAGAGAAUAUAGUAAUUUAUACAAUGGUGGCAAAAGUGGUAAUGAUCAGAUUAAAAAAGAACAUGAAAACUUUUUACAAGACGUAAAAACCCAAAAGAGUAGUUCCCAUUGCAAGGAUAACAAUAAAGAUACAAACACCUAUAAUAGUCUCUCUGAAUAUGUUACAUCUAUGGGAGGAAGUACCUAUUGUAAUGAUACAACGCAAAAUAAAUUUAAUAAUGAUAAGGACGAAGCGCACGUUUUUCAAGAAAAACCAAAAAAUUAUAAAACUGAGUGUGAAAAAGAUAAGACGACAAAAACGAAACUACCGGAUCAACCUGGAUUAGUGCCACCGAAAGGCCCAAAGGAUCCACAAGAUAUAUGUAAAAAGGUUAAGACAUGUAUUGACGCUAAUGAACAAAAAAAAAGAGACGCAAAGGAUAAGAAAGGAGAUUGUAAUGAAAAAGAAGGACAAUUUAAUUGGGAAUGUGAUGUAAAUAAAUUUACAUCUGGUGAAGAAGGAGCAUGUAUGCCUCAUAGAAGACAAAAAUUAUGUAUUCAUUAUUUGAAAGAAUUAACUAGUGGUGGUGAAAGUGAAUUGAAAGAUGCUUUUAUAAAAUCUGCUGCUCUAGAAACAUUUUUUGCUUGGAAAAAAUAUAAAAACGAUAAAAAAAAAGAGAAAUCUCCAACAGCAACCAACCUAGAUGAACAAUUAAAAAAUGGAAAUAUUCCUUCUGAUUUUUUACGUUCUAUUUUCUUUACAUAUGCAGAUUAUAGGGAUUUAUGUUUAGAUAAGGAUAUAGGGAAACAUGAGGGUGAUGUGCUACUGGCAAGACAAAAUAUAGAUAGAAUUCUUAAACAAAAAAAUGGACAAACAAUUGACCCAAAAAAAUGGUGGAAUGAAAACGGUCUAGAUAUUUUGCAAGGAAUGAUCUGCGCACUAUCAAAUACUGUAGGUGAUAGUGAACAAGCCUCGGUGCAACAAGCACUUCUCAAUAAUACCGAAUACAAGUACGAUCCUGAAGAUUUAGAUACCAAAAUAGCUAAUUAUGUGCUUUAUACUCAUACAGUUCCUCAGUUUUUAAGAUGGUUUACAGAAUGGUCAGAAGAAUUUUGCGAUAAACAAAAAAAAGAGUUCGCACAAUUAUAUAGUAAGUGCUAUAAAUGUGAAGUUAAUAGUAGUGGUAACAAAAUAACAUGUGAUAAAAAUGGUAAAGAAUGUAGCGGGUGUCAAACACAAUGUAAAGAAUAUACAACAUUUAUUAAAAAAUGGAAACCUAAUUGGGAACAACAAAACAAACAUUAUAAUCAGGUUAAAGAUAUAGACCCAUAUGAUUCUGCUCCUUUUGUAGAUACGAAUAACCACGCAUAUACAUACUUAUAUGAAUCAUUAGAAUUACUUGGAUUACAUAAUAAUUGUAUGCAACACAAAUCUACACAAAAAAGUGGUGGUCCCACUGGUGUGGAUAUGCCGCAAGCGUUAGAUCAAUACCCAAGUGGCGAAUAUAAAAAUAAGUGUGAGUGUGACGAUAGUAGUAGUAGUGGUCCCAGUCCCGCGCCGGCACCUCGGCCACCUCGUCCACCUAGUCCUACUAAUCCCACUGGCCAAGAUAGUAGUAAUCCUGGUCGUAGUCAACCUGGUACCGGUAAAGAUAGCGGCCAAGGUGCCGGAGGCAGUCGCGGUCCUGGUGGUAACACAACACAGGGGAAACAGGAGUGUAAAAUUAAGGAAUAUAUUGAUGAAAAUGAUAAAAUAAUAAAAGCAGGAAAUCAGGGAGGUUGUAAACCAAAAGAUGACAAGAAAACUUGGGAUUGCGGUGGUAUAACUAAAACGAUGGUGUACGGGAAAGGUGAGUGUAUGCCUCCUAGGAGACAAUCGUUAUGUAUACAUUAUUUAUCAAAUGGUAGCGAAACAUCAAAAAUAACUAAACCAGAUAAAUUAAAAGAAGCAUUUAUAAAAUGUGUUUCACUUGAGACACAUUUGUUAUGGCAAAAAUAUAUAGAAGAUAAAAAAAAAGAUAAUCCAUCAGAAGCAACCAAACUAGAAGAUGAAUUACAAAAAGGAAAUAUUCCUCCUGAAUUUAAACGUCGAAUGUUCUAUACUUUUGGAGAUUUUCAAGAUUUAUGUUUAGGAAAAGAUAUAGGUAAACUUGAGGGUAAUGUAGAGAAAGCAAAAAAUUGUAUAGAUAAAAUUUUUAAAAAUAGUGGCAAAAAUGAUGAGGACCAAACAAAAGAAGCUUGGUGGGAAACAAUUCAAGAACAAGUAUGGAAUGCAAUGUUAUGUGCUUUAAGUUAUGAUGACCAAACAAAAACAGUGAAACAAGAUGUUAAAAAAAACCUCGAAAAAAACAAAUACGAUAUAGUGACGUUCGGUGAUGGUCCCACUAGUACCCCGUUAUCCACUUUUGUGGGCCGCCCACAAUUUUUGCGCUGGAUGACCGAAUGGUACGACGAUUAUUGCAAACAGAAACACACAAAAUUAAAGGACGUGGAGACGGCGUGUAAGCCACAAAGUGGUAUCAAAUGUGAUGACAAAUGUGAUCAAGCAUGUGGUAAAUACAAAGAAUUUAUGGAGAAGAGAAAAACACAUUGGGAAAAACAAAAAAAAUACUAUACUUCACAAAAAAAUACAAACCCAUCCCCUAAAGAAUAUGAUGAAGACAAUGCCACCGAAUAUUUAAAAACUCAUAUUACGUUCACAUGUGGUAGUACUACAUCAAGUGGUACUACACCACCUAGUGGUACCAACCCAGUGGAAACUAACAUCACCGCGUUAAGUACGUCGUCGUCGUCGUCGUAUUAUGAUGCGGAUGAGUAUUGUGGGUGCAAGAAAUUUAUAGGAGACGACACGGAGUAUGGGGAGAUUUCGAAAGGAAAUAACUGUAAAGGAUUGAAAAAAGAAGCGGAAGAGACAAGUACUUCGAAUCCAGAUUCUGGAAUUAGGUGGCAAAAUAUUGAAAAUAAAGAAUAUAAGGAUUUUAAGAAUCAUGGAGUAUCUGACCAAGUAUAUAUCCCUCCAAGGAGACAAAGAAUAUGUUUUGAAGGACUAGAUGGAAAAAACGGCACUCCAAAAGUUGAAAAUGAAAAAACUUUACGAGAAAGAUUAAUGAAAGUAGCUGCUACUGAAGGAUAUAAUUUAGGUCAAUAUUAUAAAGCAAAAAAUGACAAUAGUACAGAUGAAAAAUAUAAAUAUGAUGUUGAAGCUUGUAAUGCGUUAAAAUAUAGUUUUCUUGAUUUAAGAGAUAUAAUUAUAGGUCAUGAUAUGCUGGAAAAUGAUCAACAGGAUACAGGGAAAAAUAUUAAGCAAAUAUUUGAAAAACUUCCAUCAAAUGGAGGCCAAAGUGAUAUUGACAAACGCAAAAAAUGGUGGAAAGAGAACGAGAAAUGUGUCUGGAAAGCUAUGCUAUGUGGGUACAAACGUGGCAAUACCACACUAAGUGGUUGCGACAAAAUGCCUGAUGACGCCACGUAUCCUGUGGGUACCACUCGCGCGGAUGGCAACCACUUGCAGUUUUUGAGAUGGUUUGCCGAAUGGGGAGAAGACUACUGUAAACACUAUACCACAGAAUUGGAGAAGUUGAGAACCGCGUGUAGUAAAUGUACUGUGGAUAAUAGUACCAAAAAAUGUGAGAAUGAUACUGAAUGUCAGAACUGCAGAACAGCGUGUCAAAAAUAUCAAGAUUUUAUUAAUAAAUGGAAAGAUCAAUAUGAUAAACAAAGUCAAAAAUAUACUGAGGAUAAAGGAAAGAGUAGAUACACUACCCAUCCUGUGGCAUCAACGUCACAAAAUGCUCGAGAAUAUUUGGACAAAUCGUUAAAAACAGCGUGUCAAAAUAGUAGUAAACCUGGAGCUAGUGGUUCCACUACUCAAAAAUGUGAUUGCAUGAAAGAUGUGUCGUCACAAAGUUCUAGUGGUACAAACAUGCCUAAAUCGUUGGAUCCAAUACCUGAGAGUGUUAAAAAAAAAUGUGAUUGUAACCCAGUGGAUCCGAAACAGCCACCGGCAGCACCACAGAAACCACAGGGGCCACCUUCACCGGGAACACCAGAUAGUAGUGGUACAGGACCUGGGCCUACACCAUCACCAUCGCAACCCCCAAGUGGUAAACCAGGACAAGGUGGUAAAGGCGCCGAACCGGACUCGAAUCCAUCACCAACACAACCUGGUGGUUCUCAAACUGGUCCAAAUGGUGGAGGUGUUGGUCCAUCUGGUGGUUCUCAACUUGAUCCAUCUAAACCUGGUGGUACCAAUCAACCUGAUGGUACACCUGUUUCUCCUGGUGGUGCUAAAGAUGAAUUUAAAGAUUUGGAUGAAUGUCCUUUUCAAAGUGGUAGUGGUACUUCUGUUGUAAAUAAGGAAAAAUGUAAAAAUCUGGGUGUAAAUACAAGAUGUAGCAAAAUAUAUGGAAAUAAUGUGGAUAAAUGGACUUCACAACUUGUUCGUGAUAGUUCUAAAAGUAAUAAAGGUGUCAUUAUGCCUUCAAGAAGAACAUAUUUAUGUACAAGAGAUAUAUCAAGAUUUAAAUAUAAAUCUAAAUAUUAUAGUAAAUUUAUGAACAAAUUUCUUUCAGCGGUAUAUACUGAAGGAAUAUUAUUAGCAAAAAUAUACAAGAAGUAUGAUGAAAAAGCACUACAGGCAAUGAAAUAUAGUUUUGCUGAUUAUGGAGAUAUAAUCAAAGGAAAAGAUCUAAUGGACACAAUAACUAGUACAGAUAUAAAUAAAAAAUUAGACGAAAUGCUCAAAAACAAUGCACAACUUAAUGGUACCUCUACGCUACCUAAAGAUGCUAAUGAUUGGUGGACAAAUAAUAAAAAAAAAGUCUGGCAUGCUAUGUUAUGUGGAUAUCAAAAACAAAACCAUAGUAGUCAAUUGGACAAAUCAUGGUGUACUGUACCUACUGAUAGUGAAGAUCAAUUUCUACGAUGGUUUACUGAAUGGUCUCAACAUUUUUGUAAAAGAAGAAACGAAUUAGAAAAAGAAGUAAAUAAUAAAUGUAGUGGUGUUAAUUGUAGUGGUGGUACUGGAAAUAUUGAUGAUACAUGUACUCGAGCUUGUCAAAAUUAUAAAAAAUUUAUUUUAGGUACAAAACAAGCCUAUAUUGGACAAAAAGGUAAAUAUAAGGAAAUUAAAAAUGGUAAUCAGGAAGCUCAUGAAUAUUUGAAAGAUAAAUGUAAAGAUGUUAAAUGUGAAUGUCUAUCUGACAAAUUUAAUAGUGACGACAAUUGGAAAGAACCCUAUAAAACAUUUGAUGAUAGUGGCCUCAAAAGUAAAUGUGAGUGUCAAAAAAGUUCAACAGCAACGAAUCCUGCUGGUAAAGGUGGUGAUAGUGUUUUUAGUAAUUUGUGGAAAACAAUAACAGAUAAUUUUUGGUCUCUUACUGAUACUGCAAAAAAUUUGGGAGUUACUGCAACAACAGCUACUAUUGAUGCUGCUACAAAAAUUAUUCCUGAUGCUGCAGACCUUGGAUUAAAAGCUGGAACAAAAGUUGUAAUGCCAAUUGCAAAAGAAGUUGCAAGAGUUGUUCUAAAACCUGUGACAGAUAAGGUUUUGGAUAAACUUACGGAGAUUAUUCGUCCCUCUCCUCCUGGUAAAGAUAGUGGAAACCCCCCAUCACCACAAGCCCCGUUACAACCUAGUGGUAAAAACACCAAUAACCUGGUGACAUCUACCCUUCCUCCUGUGGGAAUUAGUUUUGUUUUAGGAGCGAUCGCUUUAUUGUUUUAUUAUAUGAAGAAAAAAACACCGACUGCCCCUACGGAUAUUUUUCGUGUGCUUAAUAUACCCCAAAAUGAUGAGGCCAUGCCGACAAAAACAUCGACAAAUAGAUAUGUUCCAUAUGGUCGUUAUAAAGGAAGAACAUAUAUAUAUGUUGAAGGAGACGAACCGGACGAUUAUCUUCGUGAUAUAUCUUCUUCUGAUGUCACCACUUCUUCGUCCGAAAGUGAAUAUGAAGAGAUAGAUUUAUAUGUGCCACGUAGUCCUAAAUAUAAAACUUUGAUAGAAGUGGUAUUGAAACCAACUAAAAGUGGUGACACACUAAAUAAUGGUGAUAUACCUAGUGGUACCAUACCCUCCAAUACAGCUAUUAAUGAGGAGGAAUGGAAUGAACUAAAACAGGAUUUUAUUUCGCAAUAUUUAGAAACCAUACCAAAGGAUUUACAUAAUGAAAAUAUCAUUGAUGAUAAUAUGGAUAUGGAACCUAAUACUACACACGAUAGUAUGGAAGAAAAACCUUUUAUUACCCAAAUCCAAGAUAGAAAAUUAUAUAGUGAUAACGAUGUUUUUAGUUAUAAUAUUGAUUGGAAUAUACCAAAUAAUAUUAGCACUAAUACUCCGACAUAUAAUAGUUUAUAUAGUGGUAUAGAUCUAAUUAAUGAUUCUUUAAAUGGUGGUAAUGAUAUUGAUAUAUAUGAUGAGUUGUUAAAAAGAAAAGAAAAUGAAUUAUUUGGAACAAAACAUUUAAAAAAUACAACAAUAAAUAGUGUUGCAAAACAAAUAUAUGAUGAUCCGAUACUUAACCAAUUGGAUUUAUAUGAUAAAUGGUUACAGAGACAUAGAAAUAACCAGUGGAAAAACAAACCGGAUAAUAAUAUACCUGUGGAAAACGUCCACACUACACAUAAAUUGUUGAAUACCAACCUUUCUAUAGAAAUAAGUAGUGAUAUGACCCAUGAUACAUCUAAUAUGGAUAUGAGUGGUACUAAUAGAUAUACUUAUUUGGAUGAUAUGGAUUCGUUCGAAAAUGGUAGUGAUGUAAUAUAA